AUGUGUGCGGUCCGAGAUUCGAACUCGGGUCCUUUUACAGCCGGCUGGACUUCAGGUCAUCCUAACGGGCUAGAAACCCCAGACGUGACCUCUCGGUCUGCUGAACCUGCUCGAGUCGGCUUGCACUUCUUCAUUCAAAAUCCCCGUCAUCUCCUGGUGUUCUUCCAUUUCUCUUCCUCCAAGUGCUCCAACACAUCCCCUUACCUCCCCUCACCUCACCCUCAACACAAUGCCACCUACACCCAAGUGGUAAAACCGACAUCGACUGUCCGGUCCGACGGAAUUCUUCUUCGCCUUGACGAGAUAACACGAGACGGAGGGGGGGCAGCAGCAGCAAUCUCUGUCAAACCAGAGUGCUGCCCCCUCUUCAUGUCCUCCGUUUGGAACCUUGGGCACGCCAACGGGCGCCCUCCAGGGCACCCAGCAACUUCAGAGUCCGCCCCCGGGUGUUUGUGCGCCGCCCCAGAUCUCCGCUGCUUCUCCCAAGAACGCCGUCCCGUGUCGCCUUGUCUUUCUCCAGGAUUUUCUCUCCAAUUGUUCUUCGUCAAGGGAUUUGAAUUGUACUCAUUCCAAUUACAAGACCCAACCUUGGUCCGCUCGACCCAGAGCUUCUCGCCGUCUACCGCCCCUGCGGACUUUUACGAGUCCUACACCGACCCUGCCAUCCUCCCUUCUUGGCUCCAACAACAGCAGAAGCAAGCUCAAGCCUCAAAAGUCGUGGCGCCGCAAUGCACACGCCAUCACUGGUUGAUUGCUACGUCUAUCGACCACAGGUUGUUCAUAGACCCAAUGAAGACACCACUCGAAUCCAUACUCCUGGCCCUGGAUCAGUGA